AUGCCGGCACAAGUGGGAAAGUUUGAGUGGUGCUACGCCUCUGGUGAAGAUGACAGUGAAGAGAUCAAGGUCUUCGUGCCGGUUGAUGAGGCCAUAAAGGCCAAGGAUUGCGAAGUGAAAAUCACAAAAAAGCUGCUCAAGGUGGGCCUGAAAGGCCAGGAACCCAUCAUAGAUGACACCUUGUGGAAGGAGGUGGAUGCAGAAGAGUCGAGCUGGGAGAUGGAGAAGGAUAGCAAGGGGAGGCGAUGUAUUGUGCUCUCGCUCAUGAAGAAGAGCAAGUGGGACAGAUGGGAAUAUCUCGUCAGAUGUGAAGAUGUUCCGCCGGACACCACCAUCACCAACAAGGUCUUUAUGGACAUCUCCCUUGAUGGGAAUAAGUUGGGCCGAAUUGUCAUGGGACUCUAUGGCAAGCAGGUCCCGAAGACAGCUGACAACUUCAGAGCCCUUUGCACGGGCGAGAAGGGUGAAGGGAAGGCUGGCAAACCUUUGCAUUACAAGGGUUGCAGCUUCCAUCGCAUUAUCCCGAGAUUCAUGUGCCAGGGUGGGGACUUCACCCACGGCAACGGUACCGGCGGCGAGUCAAUCUACGGAGAGAAGUUCGCCGACGAGAAUUUCCGUGUGAAACACACGAAGCCAGGUCUGCUGAGCAUGGCCAACGCCGGCCCGGGCACAAAUGGUAGCCAGUUCUUCCUGACCGUCAAGGAAACCCCGCACCUGGAUGGCAAGCAUGUCGUUUUUGGGGAGGUGCUUGAAGGCUAUGACGAGGUGGUGAAAAAGAUGGAGGAGGUCGGGCAGACAUCAGGGACCCCCUCGAAGAAGGUCCUGAUUGAGGACUGCGGGGAACUCUGA